AUGAUAUCAAAGGCAGCCCAUAAGCCGCGUCCACUUCUGUACUCAUAUUUGGCCCGAAAUCCCAAAAUACCGCUCCGUUUAAGGCUUAAGACACUGGCAUUGAUUGAACGCUUGUGCGGACCCGCCAUUGGUUUCUAUUGCUAUGAUUUAUCCACAAUAUUCACAAGACAUGAGACAACUAUAUUAAACGGAGUGAACGGCAGUGCAGUGUUGGGCCAAUUGACUGCAGUAAUGGGUCCGUCGGGCGCGGGACUGACCUCAUUGUUGUGGUGUUUGAAUGGUCUCAACGAUUGUGGUUUGACUCCAGAGUCAGACAUACAGAUGAGUCGUGCGGACAAAAUGCGGUCAACAUUUAUCGCACACAACGAAACGCGAUUUUCUGAUACGAGGACUGAGCGCUGCAGUGCUGGCGAACUCAAGAGACUGGCCAUCGGUCUGGAGUUGACCGCACGCCCCGAUUGCAAGCCUAACCUUAUAUUAUGCGACGAACCGACCGCUGGUAUGGACAGCAAUAUCGCCGAAAUG